AAAACCAUACAGGUAAGUAAAUUGCCGCUUGACUUAUUAAUCCGCUCUUGGCGUCUACUAUACUGUCACAGUACUUCAGUGAAACACUGUUUAUCGUCGUACCUCUGUUGUGAUAUUCAGUCCGGUUGGCUUUGGUCUAUUCCGCUGUCCAACCUCGGACUCGCGUGAUGAAUUUUGCCAAGAAAUAGCGACCGAUGUUAGGUUGCGUCUCCAUUGUGUCUCCGCUGGGGCGAUCAGCUACACAAACGAAUCCGACACAACGUCGCAGGAAAGCUCUUUAGCCACCCCUCUUCACUCGCCAUCAACACAUAGCUCGCGAUAUUUACGGUAGUAACUACGGUAGAACAAUUUUUGUUUCACUUCUGUUUGACAAUCGAUACGUUUUCACCUCUGCUCUUUAUGUUCAACUGGUCAAAUCGACUCCGCACCCAAAAUGCGCCAUUUUCAGGAGGCGCUGGAAUGCUACACGCCAGUUCUCUGGUCGCAACUCGAGUCGUCUGCUGUCAGGACGGUGCCACAUGUCUCACGCCGUAAGGUAGGGCGCGAAGAUUAGUCGUGUCACUUUUCACCAUUUAGCAGCAUCUUAUGGUAAUGACGUGGCUCAGGUUGGAACCUGGAGAUGCCGAAGACACGAGACAUUUUGGCCUUUGUAUUGAUCGUGUUGCCUUGGACACUACUCAUCGCUGUUUGGGAUUGGAGUCCUAUCAAUGACUUCAAAGAUGACAGACCUGAGAAGCGCCCAUACUCCAAGAUCUCCUUCCCACUUAAGAAAUCCUGCCCUCCAGAGAACAAAGACAUUGUACAGGCGGGUCACACCAAAGACGUCUACAGACGUUCACUACCCUGGUCUGAUGUCCUCCCCAUCCUCCACGUCAUCACCCCAACCUACAGCCGCCCGGUCCAGAAGGCAGAGCUGACCCGCCUGGCCAACACCUUUCUCCUUGUGCCUAACCUGCAUUGGAUUCUAGUGGAGGACUCUCAGCGACGAACCCCACUGGUCACCAGGCUUCUUCUUGAAACAAGCCUGAACUAUACCCACCUCAAUGUGGAGACACCUAAAAACUAUAAGCUGCGUGGGAACAAAAAGGACUACACGAUACCUCGGGGAACCGUGCAGAGGAAUCUAGCAUUGCACUGGCUUCGAGGCACCUUUAGCCACAACAAUAGCAACAGCCAGCCAGGGGUUGUCUACUUUGCAGAUGAUGACAACACCUACAGCCUGGAGUUGUUUGAAGAAAUGCGUUCAACGAGGAAGGUGUCAGUUUGGCCUGUAGCUUUUGUGGGUGGGCUGCGUUAUGAGUCCCCUAAGGUGAACACCAUGGGCAAGGUGUACGGCUGGAAGACUGUAUUUGACCCCCACCGACCGUUUGCCAUAGAUAUGGCUGGGUUUGCAGUAAACCUCCACCUGAUUCUCUGUAAACCUCAGGCCUACUUCAAGCUGCGGGGAGUCAAAGGAGGAUACCAGGAAAGCAGCUUACUGCGGGAGCUGGUCACCCUUAAUGACUUGGAGCCUAAGGCUGCAAAUUGCACCAAGGUUCUUGUAUGGCACACUAGGGCAGAGAAUCCUCUUCUGGUGAAUGAGGGAAGGAAAGGUUUUACCGACUCCAAUGUGGAGAUAUGACACGUCAUCCAAAACAGGUAAUACACAGUAUGGCUGGGAUUCCAAACAGACAAGCUCCCAGCUGGCAGGAUCGGGGUGAACUAUUUACUAUAAUAGUGCUGUUUUAGCAGUGGUCCAGUGUUACACUGGACAAAGGAUAUGUAGGAUACAUAAUAUUGCUUUACAGAGAUAUUCAUAUUCACAGUAUUCACCAAGAUGAGUUUUCAAUGUAAUUCUUAUUAUUUUCUGCUGAAAAUGUUCAAACACAAGUUUGUUGUAAUUUAAAAUGUGUUUUUCUGCCUUAUGUAAAAAUGUACACAAUUGAAAGAAAUUAUAUUCAAAAAACAUAAAAAAGUCUAG